AUGGAUACCCCUUCAACAGACAGAGAAAGCACUGCUGUGGGGUUUACCCCCAACACCCCGAUAACCCCUGAAGUGGCAGCAGCAGCAGCAGCAGCAGCAGGGGCUUCGCGGGGCUCCCCCUUCGUGCCCUCCCCCUACGCUCGCCAGCAGCAGCAGCAGCAGCAGCAGCAGCAGCAGCGGGGGCUGACCCUCGCAGACAUUCGAAGACGCAAUUUAGAUGAGCAGCAAGCCUUAAGAGAUGUGGGGCAUUUGCGGCGCUACAGAGCGGCUGAGAUAUUUCACAAGUUAUACAUGGUGCCCAGCAAGCGGAUAAUUCUGCGGCGGCCAACUGGCCUCGAAGUUCAGUACCAGGACAAUGAGGCUGCUGCUGCUGCUGCAGCUGCUGCUGCUGUAGCGGCUGCUGUUGCAGCAGGCGUCGCUGCAGCAGUUGCCGCUGGAGCUGCCGCAGCAGGUGCUGCUGUAGCAGGUGCUGCUGGAGCCGGUGCUGCGGCAAUGCAGGUGCUGCAGCAGCACCUGCUGCUAAAGCAGCAACAGCUGCAGCAGCAGCAGCAGCAACAGCUGCAGCGAACGGCGAGCUCUACGCUGCGUGCAGCUGAAGGUCUUGUACAGCCAUUUCUGCAGCAGCAGCAACAGCAGCAGCAGCAGCAGCAGCAGCAAUGCUUCUUAGUGUGUUUAUGCUUGUCGUUUAGCCUUUUGCAAAACUAG